UUGGCCAGGUUGGCCUUCUACUCACAGUCCUCCUGCCACAGAUGUUCCAUUGAAAUUAGAGGUCUGCACUCCUGUCCCUAGAAGGCUCAGGCUUUGAUUCUGCUUUCCUACCUCCCUGUGUAGCUACCAGGGGAAAACCAAAACAAUACUGGAAGAGCAUUUCCAUUUUGGGAAGCCAUGGGCAGUUGCUUUGCAAUGCCUGCAGCGGUCAGUCCAGUCCUGUUGCGAAAUCGUGCUCUGUCCCCACCUCCAGAGGCUUUUUCCCCUGGUCAGUGACGAAGACUGCGAAGCUGCUCUUGCCUCAGUCUUGCCUCAGUCCUAGAGCAUCUCAGCUGUUUGCAGCUCCGUGCCAGACAACAGCCCCUCGGAGAGAGGAAGUCUGACAGCCUCCCUGGACAACAAGGAUACCUGGCCAGUCUAAACAUGGCCGCCUUUGGAGAUGCCCCUCUGAGCAUUCCACCAGAGAGAUUUCCUGCCUGCCGAGAUUUUCAUCGUUCCUAUUCACUCCCAUCAGAGCCAGAAAGACAUGAGAUUCCUUGGAACACGGAUUUGGAGCUCAAGAGACAGCCAGACAACCAAGCUGGGGAGGAGGAUGACUCAUUUUCUGAGGAUGACAUGGAGUUACAAGAUGGAACUCUGACAGCUGAAGAAACAAAAUUUUUGAAAGAGUUUCCUGAGUGGAAAAAGGAGCAAGAAAAAUUCAUCACAACGCUUCAGGCCUUUGCAGAGGAUGCUGACAAAAUGCACAAAAAAUUCACCAAGUCCAAAGUGGUGGCCAACUCUGUCACUGUUGUCUCUGAAGUUGCAACCAUUGUGGGCUUUGCCCUAAUUCCCGUAACAGCAGGAGCAAGCUUGCUACUCUCAACUGCAAGCAAAGGUGUGUCAGCAGCAGCUGCAGUUAGCACUAUGGUGACAGAGUUAAGAGAAAAAUCUCACAAUAGAAAACUCCGUGCUCAGGCCAGUAUCCAAGUGCCCGUGGGUGACCAAGAGUUCAAAGACACAGGAGAAAAGCAAUCACCUGAUGUCACGGCUGCUGGUCAGGCUCUGUACAGGUGUGGGAGAGCCUUGAAGGUUAUCAAGAAAGGCAUCCGUGCCCUUUGGCCUGUCAAAUUCCAGACACACCCAGGCACUGCGGCCAAGCACCGUCAGAUUGCUCGUAAAGUCUCAGCACCAGUGGGAACACGAGUACAGAAAGCCAGUCCAGGUAAAGUAUGGAGCAUGGCAAAAAUAGCUCGCAUGAGUGGCAGGGCCUUCGCUUCCAUGUCUCUUAAUGAAGGGGUGUCUGCUCUCUGGAAGAACUGGAAAGAACUGAAGGAUGAAUCAAAGGCAGAGCUUGCAGAAGAACUCAGGGCCCAAGCUCGGGAGCUAGAAGAGGUGCUGGCACAAUAUACGGCAUACUAUGACGCACUGCUAAAAAAGUCACAGAAAACUGCAGAUGUUACAAGCUCUCUGGAAGCCUCCAGUCCACAUGACCAUGAAGGACUGUACCAUGGGUACAGCUCCCCCCAGGCAGAGGACAACAGUGCUGUGCCCACCAUGAAGCCCAGCAGCGUACCCAUGGCUGCGCCGCCGGUGCUGCUCCCUCCUCGCAGGCUGCCGGAAGCAUUGAUAGAAGAACUGAUCAGGAGGUCAUCUUUGAAAGAAGCCAAGAAGACUCAAGCUCAGCCCUGGGUGUCCUCUUAAGAGCUUUAUUAUUUUAUUUCUUUUAGGUAUUUGAUCCACUUAGAGUUAAUUUAUUUUUCCUAUACUGAGGAUGAAACCCAGGGAUGCUUUCCUGCUUACUGGGGCUUUCUAUCACCAGCCUUUUCAUUUUAUUUUAAAACAGGCUGGGUUCAAAUUUGUGAUCCUCCUACCUUAGCCUAAUGAGUAUCUGGGAUUUCAGGUGUAUAAGGCCACUACGUUAAUUUUUGUAUAUCUUGCUUCCCCAGCACUAUUUAUUGUUAUAUAAAUAUAUAUUAUAUAUAAUAUAUAUAUUAUAUAUAAUAUAUAUAUAUAUAAUUCCCCAUUGAAUAACCUUGUACCCUAGUUGAAGGCCAUUUUACUACAUAUGUAAGGGCUUAUUUCUGAGCUCUCCAUUCUUUUCUAUGAUAGAUAAAUCUAUCUUUCUGCAAGUGCAUUGGAGUAGUUUAGUUUAGUUUAGUUAUGAAGAGGCAGUCAGAGCAGCCUAGCAAUGGAGUCAGAUAAAAGAAAAUACUCAAGCUUAGAGAUAUAAAAGAAAAUACAAGAAAAAAAGACAAAAGGUUCAGAUAACAAUGGAGAGACAAGGAUCGUUUCUCCCAGGAUCUUAUCUUUCUCCCAGACGAUGGUAUUGUCUCUUAUCCCUCUGGACUAGAAAUAGUUAACGGGUCCUUCCUGCCUCCAAACUAGAAACUUACAAAUGCAGAGUAACCAGUUUCCUGUAAACCAGCUAAACAAUUAAUUUCCUUUAAACAUUAAACCCACAAACCCACCUGAUUAAAACAAAUCCCACUCUUCUCUAUAGAAGGCAAGACAAAGAAACCAUGUUGGACUUCUAUCCCCUCUUCAUGGGUAUCCACCAAGAGCUCUUUUCUUCUUACUGUUCCUAAUAAACACUCUCCUAAAUUUA